GCUGAAUAUUUUAGGCACAGUGGGGGAAUUUGCAUGUGCAUAUUUUAUGUUUGUGUAUUUUAGUCCUUGGAUAACCUGCAGGAGGAGCUGUGGCUCGCUGCAGCCUCUCUGAAGCAGAAGAGAAAGAUCCCUCUUUUUCUCCUUCAGUGGCAUGAAUAAUAUCCCCCCUGUGCUGGAGAGAGAGGCAAACAGGGGAAGGGGAGAGAGAGAGAGAGAGAGAGAUAGCAGCCAGUGUGACAGAUAAGAGCAUGGCACAACUUGCCUCCCUUGACUAGCAACGCAGGCCGGGGGAAGAUAAAGAUCACCCAGAGUGUCAGGCAAGGCUGCAGCCUGCACACACACAAUCACACACAUACGCAGACUCCUCAGCCUGCAGGCUGCAACAGAAGAAGUUCAGAGAGAAGACUGACCUCUGGGAGGUGGCAGAAGUUUCCUCUUUGGAUUACCUUGUUUGGUAUGGCUUUCCUCACACUGCGCCUUCUCAUCCUGUAGAGGAGUUGUGUGUCUCCCCCUCUAGAAGAACUUGCCUGGUGUUUACAGCCUCAGGGAGGAUGGAGGAGCUGUCAGGCAAAGACAAGGAGCUGAUACGAGGCAGCUGGGAGAGCCUGGGCAAGAACAAAGUUCCUCAUGGUGUCAUCAUGUUUUCCAGACUGUUUGAGUUGGACCCUGCGCUCCUCACUCUAUUCCACUACAACAUGAACUGUGGCUCCACACAAGACUGUCUCUCCAGCCCUCAGUUCCUGGAACAUGUCACCAAGGUGAUGCUUGUGAUUGAUGCAGCAGUCAGCCACCUGGAUGACCUUCACACCUUGGAGGACUUUCUGCUCAACCUUGGGAGGAAGCAUCAAGCGGUGGGAGUCAACACCCAGUCGUUCGCUGUGGUGGGUGAAUCCCUCCUCUACAUGCUGCAGUGCAGUCUGGGUCAGGCCUACACGGCGCCGUUGCGUCAAGCCUGGCUCAACAUGUACAGCAUCGUGGUAGCAGCCAUGAGCCGAGGCUGGGCCAAGAAUGGCGAAGACAAGGCGGACUGAGGCGCACAGCAGGAGCUGCUGAGCAGUUGCUGUCAAAUCACUCAACAUGGUUGCCAUGGAAUAAGGUUGUGUAACAGUGUUGCAGUGUUGUGGCUUUGGCUGCUGUACAUUUGCUCUGUGAGUUGGGUCACAUAGCGUAGCAAAUGUUCGGUGUGGUUACAAUCGGAUCGGCCAAUCACAGAUUUUAUUGUCAUUGCUGCAGAUGUUUAGCUGCCAGCCAGUGCUGCUGUACAGCUGCGAGGGCAGGCAAUGGGGGAAAUGAUAACUGUUACAUCUCUAUGUACAUAAAGAGUUAGUUUAUCUACUCAAAUGGUAACAGUGACUGUAGUGGUCUUUGUGAUGUAUCUUAACAAGUUGAUAAAUAAUAUAUGUAGACAUCACACACUACUCAGACUGUUGUGUUACUGUGGCCAGCAUAGGCAGCUCUCUUUCUAACUGGAACACAGUCAACAUGUUUAAGGUUUUAGACAAAGCAAUGUGACUUUACAGAAAAAAAAAUCUAUCUGACUUUAAUCAUUACUGUGUUUUCUAUCAGUAUUACACAUCCUUUUUUAUGUGUGAGACUUUUAUCUUACAUUUAACCUGUUGAUUAUUAAAAAAAAUACUAUAUACUGACAAGAACUGUUAUACUCUGAUAGCUUUCUUCAGAUAUUAAUGACUGUUAAGGCGUGCAAGUGCACCUUACUCAUCAUGGUGUGUGAUACUCUCCUCAGUAGAGCUUUUCAUAGGCUUCAGCUGACUGUUAAACUCUAAAUGAUAGACUGUUACGUGACCUAAGAGUUUGAAAGUAAAGGGCAUCAGUGUAACGUGUGUUUUUUAGCGAUCAGUCAUUGUUAUUGUAGUAGUAAAUUAGUUGCUGAUGCUUAUUAACUGUGUAAUUGUGGCUACACAUAGAGGUGAACAUAAGCAGAAUAGUUUGUGUUUCUCUGACACAGUGGACAAAAAAGUGAACAUUUGUUUAGGGUUAUAAAUCAAAGUUAACAUAUUAAAGCUCCUGUGAGGAACUUUUGGCUUAUGUUGACUUUAGGGCCCUCCUUGGAUGAAGCAACACCUCUUAAUUCUUUGCUAUAUAGCAGUGAUCAUCAACUGGUGGCACCCAGAAUUUUACUAGAGUCAGAAAAUACGAGGAGAACAAUAUGCUGUGGUAUUCAGGGUAUCUGUUUUAAUACUCGCAGCUGUUAAAACCCCCCCCCCAAAAAACUAAGAUUGGAACGAUUUUAUCGGGAAUGGCUAAACCCCCCCCCCAAAAAAUAAACCACCUGUCAACCACUAUCAGAAAAUUCUAUGCAUAAUUAGCAUAUACUAAUCAACUUUUCUUGAAAGCUGCUGUUUUUUUUGCAUCAACUUUUCUUAUUGGGGUCUUUGAAAGUGCAAUACCCUUGCAUAAGAAUUAAUACCAAAUACUUGUAUCCUGCACAGAUUUUCACCAAUCAAAACACAACAUGUUGGCAGCAAACCAAGUGAUGGGCAGCACAGCAGCCCCAGAAAUAUGUGGCUAAAAUAUCUCAAUCAUCUCCUUGUGGUUGGCUGUAGUAGAGGUGAUCUCAAUGCUCAAUUACAUUUCCUAAAUGUUUGUAUUAGUUCCCCUGAAAAUCUACAAAUGUAGUUGAUGGCCCCUGCUAUAUAGUACGGUGGCCUGGAAGUGCAAUACACAAUUACAAAGUCUGAAACACAGUGCUGAGUUUUUGUAUUCAUGCAAGUUUUUGCAUUUGUGUUGUGAACUUUUGUUUUUGUGUUUUUGUCAAAUUUCGUUGUGUUUUUUCUUUUAGCAAAGCAUUUUGAAUUUGCAUUUGUGUGAGACCUCUCAGCCACUGUACUUUUGCAAAGCUUGAAACAAAUUAGCAUUAACUAAAAAAUCAUUACAUUUCAUAAAGCAAACUAACAUUGACAAAAUAGUUUUACAACUGGUGAAACAAAUUUAGUACAUUUUACAAAACAAGUUAACAAAAUGUUUGAAUCGAAAUUACAAAGUCCGAAACACUUUAACAAAACUUGAAAAAAAGUCAAAUACAAAAUUACAAAGUCCAAAACACAUUUACAUAACUUUACAAAAAGUCUUAUACAAAAUGACAAGGUCUUAAACACUUUUACAAAACUUUACAGAAAGUCUGAUAGAAAAUGAAAAAGUCUGAAAAACAUUUACAAAAAGUUUUAAGGACAUUUAAAAAACAUCUUACACAAAAUUACAAAGUCUGACGUGCUUUUACAAAGCUUAAACAAAUCUACAAACAAAUUCUAAUACAAAAUAACUAAAUCUGAAAUACCAAAACAUUUUUACAUUUCAUGAAACAAUUUUUAAAUUCAAAAACUGAAUUUAGAAUUUCAAAUUUGCGUUUUACAUGACAAGUUUAAGAACAACAGUAUCGUAAGGAAAGGAAACUUACCAAAUGUUGGAUGCGACACAUGUUUAAAGUUUUGUAAAAGUGUUUUGGACUUUGCUGAUUUGUAUCAGACUUUGUAAAUUUGUUUCAAGUUUUGUAAAAGUGUUUCACACUUUUGUAUUUUGUAAAUAAUUUUCUGUGCAUUUGUUUUGCAAAAUGCACAUUUGUUUUGUCAUUGUAAACUUGUUUUAUGAAAUGUAGAAAUUGUUUGGUCAAUGUAAAUUUGUGAAAGUUUCUGACUGAAAUUUUGUAUUAUACUCCUAGGACACUGUAAUAUAGUGUUAUGUGACCAAAACAUUUUGCUGGUUAAAACAAAAAAAGGCUCAUCACAUUUGACACAAACCCCUUUGGAGGUGCCCGUAGGCAUCAAACGUUUAAAUAUACAUAUAUUUAUAUAUUCUUGUUUCUGAUGACUCUGGUUAUUACUGUGGGUCCUUGUUCUAUUUCAUUACCAACAAAAAAUCCCCACAGGAGCUUUAACAGAUUUUUUUUAAACAAUGUAUACUGAGAAAUUGUGUGUAUAUUACUUAUUUCUGUGAAUCACCCUCAGCUGUUAUUUACAUUUAUGGCCAUAAUGCCAAGUAACUUAGCAACAAGGCGCCAAGUAUUAGAUAAUAACAGCAUACAACUGUUGAUCCAAGCUGCUGAUAUGUGGUUAUUAUCGCUUUAGUCUGAGUUUACAUUGAAGAAGUUUAUUUUUAUAUAUUAUAUGAAAUCUAUGUGAAGUUAAGAGCAUUGAUUUUUUUAAUGGUAGAGUAUAUCCUCCAGAUGUUUACUCAGCUGCUUCUUAUCAGGUUUUUUUGAUCAUGAAAUAUAUAUUUAUUCUUCUCAUUGUGCAAUCAUACAAAGUUUUAUUGAGCUAUUUUAUCCCCUGGGGAGUGUGUGCAGCUUGCAGGUUUAUUACUGACUGUGUAGGUGGUGUAUUUAUAGUGAUUCACCCCCCUGCAGGUUGUUCAUGUUUCUUUUUUGUUUGAACUGUGUAUUUUUAGCAGACAUGCCAUGUUAUCCUGUUAACAUCCAGCUCUGUACAUAUUGGCUGUGUCACUGUCUACCUCAUCAUUAUCAGCUGCUACUCAACAGCUAGUUAUCCUUCAACCAAAAAACGCACAAUAUUAUUAUGAGUAUUAAAUGCAAUGACGCACUCUUUGUGAGCUGGAUUCCAUCCUAAACGAUGUUGUGUGCUUUCUUGAG